AUGCGAGCAGCGUCAAUCUUCCUGAGCGUAGCCGCCGCUAUCGCUUCAGUUAAGGGAGCCAUAGUCCCCCAGAGAAGAGCGGACGUCUGCAACGGUCAUGCAGAACUUUGCAAUCGAAGCUAUGGCAACGUGACGUUCCUUGGAGCACACGAUUCGUUCGCGUUCAGCGACGAUCCCCUGGCUCUUUCUGCCGACCAGCGGGUUGACAUCCCUACCCAGCUGGGCCUUGGCGUUCGCCUGCUUCAAGCGCAAGCGCAUGUCAACGACGGCGUCCUCCACUUCUGCCACACGAGCUGCCUGCUGUUCGAUGGCGGAUCUGUUGAGGACUACCUCACAAAGGUUCACGACUUCCUGACGGCGAACCCUAACGAGGUCCUCACCUUCAUCUUCACGAACCCCGAGAACGCGAGCCUCACCGAGCUCUGGGACCCACCGUUCCAAGCGUCGGGGAUCGCAGACCUGGCCUACGUCCCUCCCAGCAUCCCCGUCAAGCAGAGCGACUGGCCGACGCUCGGCGAACUCAUCGACAGCGGCAAGCGCGUCAUCGUCUUCCUCGACAAGGGCGCGGACACGGACCGCUCCGUGCCGUACAUCCUCCCCGAGUUCCCCAUGGUCUGGGAGACGCCGUUCUCGGUCACUAACGCGUCGUUCCCGUGCAGCGUCGACCGCAUCAGCGGCCCGCUCGCGACCGAGGACCACCUGUACAUGAUCAACCACUCGCUUAACAAGAACCUGUUCGACACGGGCAUCAUCAUCUCGGACCCCCUCGACGCGUCCAAGACGAACAGCGUCAGCUCGAUCUUGGCCAACGCUGCCGGCUGCCAGGGCUUCGCUGCGGGCCGCGCGCCUAAUUUCGUCCUGCUCGACUGGGUGAACACCGGGCAUGGCCUCGACGCGGUCAACCAGCUCAACGGGCUGGCGUGAGUACCCAUCAUAUCGCUAUACCCCUCCCCACCCUAUUCCCCCACCUCUUUAUUGC